AUGCGUGAAAUCGUGCACAUUCAGACUGGCCAAUGCGGAAACCAAAUCGGCUCUAAGUUUUGGGAGAUCAUAAGUGACGAGCACGGAAUUGACCCAACUGGGGCGUAUCACGGUGAUUCUGAGCUGCAGUUGGAGCGUAUCUCUGUUUAUUACAAUGAAGCUAGCGGUGGAAAGUACGUCCCUCGUGCCAUCCUUAGGGAGUGCAUUUCCAUCCACGUUGGACAAGCCGGAGUCCAGAUUGGCAAUGCCUGCUGGGAGCUUUACUGCCUGGAACACGGAAUUCAGCCUGAUGGCCAAAUGCCGUCAGAUAAGAGCUUAGGAGGUGGAGACGACUCAUUCAACACCUUUUUCAGCGAAACAGGGGCUGGGAAGCAUGUCCCAAGAGCUGUAUUCGUGGAUUUGGAGCCAACAGUAGUAGACGAGGUGAGAACAGGAACAUACCGCCAGCUUUUUCACCCUGAGCAGCUGAUCACGGGGAAAGAAGAUGGACGCUUGUUAAUGCGAGCACCAGUAAUCACCUACAGCAGGACCUGUUCUAAGCAUUUAACCGGCUGGUCACGUGCCCAGAGGUUCCUAAAGAACACAAGGAACGGCGGAGGCACCGGGUCAGGUUUCACCUCGUUGUUGAUGGAGCGUCUGUCUGUUGACUAUGGCAAGAAGUCCAAGCUGGAAUUCUCCAUUUAUCCCGCACCCCAGGUAUCCACUGCAGUCGUCGAACCAUACAACUCAAUUCUGACGACGCACACAACAUUAGAGCACUCAGACUGCGCCUUCAUGGUCGACAACGAGGCCAUUUAUGACAUUUGCCGGCGAAAUUUGGAUGUGGAACGUCCGUCAUACACAAACCUAAACCGAAUGAUUGCACAGGUCGUGUCGUCCAUCACGGCUUCGUUGCGAUUUGAUGGCGCACUCAACGUAGAUCUCACCGAAUUCCAGACUAAUUUGGUCCCUUACCCCAGAAUCCACUUCCCUCUGGUCACCUAUGCCCCCAUAAUUUCUGCCGAGAAGGCCUUCCACGAGCAGUUGAGCGUGUCCGAGAUCACCAAUGCUUGCUUUGAACCGGUCAACCAGAUGGUCAAGUGUGAUCCCCGACACGGGAAGUACAUGGCUUGCUGCAUGCUGUACCGAGGAGAUGUUGUCCCGAAGGACGUGAACGCUGCAAUCGCUGCGAUCAAGACCAAGCGAAGCAUUCAGUUCGUUGACUGGUGUCCGACUGGCUUCAAGUCGGCGGGUGCCAACACGGCCCACGACUGGUUCGGUUCCAACGGGCACGGCACACGUACAACAGGUUAUGCUGACGGUAACGGCUCCGGACCCCAGCAGACCUGGUAUUCAAACUGGACUACAUCGCCAAGAGGGCCUUUGUUCACUGGUAUGGAGGAAGGAGAAUUCGCUGAGGCUCGCGAAGACAUGGCGGCUCUGGAGAAGGACUACGAGGAGAGGGAAGUUAUUUCCGUACACGUCGGUCAGGCGGGAGUCCAGAUUGGCAAUGCCUGUUGGGAAUUGUACUGCAUGGAACACGGCAUUAUGAAUGACGGGCAUAUGCCUUCAGAGAAGAUGGACGGCAGUCGAGACGAUUCUUUCACCACAUUCUUCAGCGAAACCGGAGCUGGCAAACACGUUCCCCGCGCUGUGUUCGUUGAUUUGGAGCCAACUGUUGUCGACGAAGUAAGGACUGGAACAUAUCGUCAGUUAUUCCAUCCGGAACAACUGAUCACGGGUAAAGAAGAUGCGGCAAAUAACUACGCCAGAGGGCAUUAUACGAUUGGCAAGGAAAUCGUGGACCUCGUGUUGGACCGUCUGCGUCGCCUGUCGGAGCAGUGCACUGGACUGCAGGGCUUCCUUGUGUUUCAUUCUUUCGGAGGUGGCACUGGGUCUGGCUUCACGUCGUUGCUGAUGGAGCGUUUGUCCCUUGACUACGGAAAGAAGUCCAAGCUUGAAUUCUCUAUCUACCCGGCCCCCCAGGUGUCCACUGCUGUCGUUGAGCCGUACAAUUCCAUCCUGACGACCCACACAACCUUGGAGCAUUCGGACUGCGCGUUCAUGGUUGAUAACGAGGCUAUUUAUGACAUCUGUCGCCGGAACUUGGACGUUGAGAGGCCAUCGUACAGUAACCUCAACCGAUUGAUUGCUCAAGUCGUGUCUUCCAUUACGGCUUCCCUGCGUUUUGAUGGUGCCUUGAACGUUGACUUGACCGAGUUCCAGACGAAUCUGGUGCCUUAUCCGAGGAUCCACUUCCCAUUAGUUACCUACUCGCCGAUUAUUUCAGCUGAGAAAGCUUAUCACGAGCAGCUCAGCGUGUCUGAGAUUACCAAUGCCUGCUUUGAGCCAGUUAAUCAAAUGGUCAAGUGCGAUCCGCGUCAUGGAAAGUACAUGGCUUGUUGCAUGUUGUAUCGAGGAGAUGUCGUGCCGAAGGAUGUGAACGCUGCAAUUGCUGCUAUCAAAACCAAACGCAGCAUUCAGUUCGUCGAUUGGUGUCCAACUGGUUUCAAGGUGGGGAUUAAUUACCAGCCCCCGACGGUUGUCCCAGGGGCAGACCUGGCUAAGGUGGCUCGGGCCGUCUGCAUGUUGUCGAAUACAACGGCCAUUGCUGAAGCCUGGGCACGACUGGAUCACAAGUUUGAUCUGAUGUAUGCGAAGCGUGCAUUUGUGCACUGGUACGUGGGUGAGGGAAUGGAAGAAGGUGAAUUUGCGGAGGCACGAGAAGACAUGGCUGCGUUGGAGAAAGACUACGAGGAAGUUGGCCUUGACUCUACUGAAGGGGAAGAAGGCGGAGAGGAGUACUGAUGAUACAUCACGAGUGUCCGUUUGGAAGAAGAAUUUUAUUUUGCCUGCUAGAUUUUAUUUUGCUUCACAUUUUACAUGUGUUGUCGGAACGAUUGUGAGUCGCGUAUGGGUCCUUCUGCUUAUCAGUUCGCAGCGUCGUUGCUUGAGCUAGCGAGCUGCUUGGCGAAGUCUGUUGCGCGUAGCUUUUUUGCGAGGCAAUAUAAUGUGGUUGAGAAAAGGCCCAGUUGCAACUCGAAUUCGUGACGGUGCUACUGCCUAAGUCUCGGUCCAGACAAGUAUUGUGAGUCGAGUAGUGAUUCAGUCUUCUUUUUUCUCCAGAAGUACGGCUUGAAACUGCUUUAGAUCCGUUACCUGGUUUCGUGUCCUGAAAGUGAGAACGUAAUCAUUGCCUAGCCUUAUUUUUUACCCGCGAAUUCCGGCCCCCUUGAGCUGAUCCUGUGGAGUAGAACUCCGAAUAAAAAACGAUUGUGUUGA